ACGCGUAGCCCCCCCCCACCUCGCCGACGACCCCCGCCCGCGCCGCCGGCCCCCCUCUCGGUAGAAUUUAAAGGGGGCGCAGCAUUUCCGCUCUGCUCAGGUGACCUCUCGGGGUCUCCCCACCAAAGGUCCCCCGCCGCCGAGGAACAUGGCGAAGGUGGAGCAGGUUCUGAGCCUCGAGCCGCAGCACGAGCUCAAGUUCCGAGGUCCCUUCACUGAUGUCGUUACCGCCAACCUGAAGCUUGGCAACCCAACAGAUCGAAAUGUGUGUUUUAAAGUGAAGACCACAGCACCUCGUAGGUAUUGCGUUCGGCCCAACAGUGGAAUCAUUGACGCUGGGGCCUCAAUCAAUGUAUCUGUGAUGUUACAGCCUUUCGAUUAUGAUCCCAAUGAGAAAAGUAAACACAAGUUUAUGGUUCAGUCUAUGUUUGCUCCAACUGACACUUCUGAUAUGGAAGCAGUAUGGAAGGAGGCAAAACCGGAAGACCUUAUGGAUUCAAAACUUAGAUGUGUGUUUGAAUUGCCAGCAGAAAAUGAUAAACCACAUGAUGUAGAAAUAAAUAAAAUUAUAUCUACAACUGCAUCAAAGACAGAAACACCAUCAGUGUCUAAAUCUCUGACUUCGUCUCUGGAUGACACUGAAGUUAAGAAAGUGAUGGAAGAGUGUAAGAGGCUGCAAGGAGAAGUCCAGAGGCUUCGGGAGGAGAACAAGCAGUUUAAGGAAGAAGAUGGGCUUCGGAUGAGGAAGACAGUACAGAGCCACAGCCCCAUUGCAGCACUUGCUGCAACUGGGAAGGAGGAAGGCCUCAGCACUCGGCUACUGGCUCUGGUGGUUUUGUUCUUUAUUGUUGGUGUCAUUAUAGGGAAGAUUGCCUUGUAAAGGCAGCAUGCAGUGGAUGGCAAAUUGGAUUGAUGGAUGCACCGUAUCAUGGGAUUCAAGUUUAUCAUAACCAUGUGUAAAAAGAAAUUAACAUAUGAUGACAUCUCACAGGUCUUGCCUUUAAAUUACCCCUCCCCCUGCGCGCACACACACACAAAUGUACACACAAAUACAAUAUAACAAUCUUUUAGAAAGUUAAAAAUGUAUAGUAAAUGAUUGAGGGGAAAUCAAUGAUCUCUGUUAAUGACAAGGGAAACCAUGAUUAAUGCCACAAGGGCGUAUUGUAACUGUCAUUUGAAACAUUGAUAGGCUUUGGUACAUGUCUUUGGAUUACCUCUUUUAAAACAAAACACUCUUCCUCGCUUGUGGGAGCAGGAGCCCAGUGUGGUGGGGUGUACCGCUGUCCACAGUUCCCCCACACUGCCCACUCCCACCCAGACUGCUCUUCCUCGUCUUCAGUUCUGUCCAAGCCAUCGGUUCCUUGGGGCUGAUGAAGAGCAGCAGAAGUCGAAGAGCAUUGUGCUGGGGCAGCAGCAGGCAUGCCUAUCAGGACGAGAGCCACAGGUCCACUGACCCGGCGCUUUGGAAAUCCAAGCCCGUGCUUUGUUCUCCUAAAGGGACCAAGCUGAAUUACCUUUGGUUCAUGUAGUGAGACUGAAAUGCUGUUUGAGAUGUUUAAUGCAUAUUUAACUUAUUUAAUGUAUUUCAUCUCACAUUGUGUUCUUACUGUCACAGGAGUACAGUUAAUGCUGCGGCCUACACAUCACCAUGCUAUGUCAUACCAAUGGUGGGGCCGCCAUGGCUGCUGGGGCUGGCACUCUGCCUCUGGUGGUUCUGGGCGUGGAGCAUGGUUAUCUUGGCGUCGGAACAGCUGUCAGAGUGUUUGGGUGUCAGUUAACAGCUGCCACGGGGAGGGAAAUUGUCAGCAGUGACAGUCAACUCUGGUCCCCUGUUGGUGGAGAAGCCCUCACUCACAGUCCCCAAACUCGGCCUGUCCUGCCUGCCUGCUGGGCUUGGCCUGGAGUCAGGGCAGAUGAGUGGGUCACAGGGAGUGAGGGCACUGGUGGCGGGGUGCGGUGGCUCCUCAGCCAGUCCAUCUAGUGGUAAUGGAGAGUCUGACUGUGAAUUAAUUUUAUGCCAUAAAAGACCAACCCAAUUCUGUUCAACUAUGUAGCAUCUUAAAAGGAAAAAAAUAAAACCCCAAAAUUAAGAAUUCUUUUGUCAUUUUGUCACAUUUGCUGUAUGGGGGAAUUACUUUAUCAUAAUUAUUUUGCCAUUGGGACAUUGAUUUUAAAAUGAGUUCCGUCCGUGAGAAACAUGUUUAAUGGUUUACCUGUACACACAUGCAUACGUGUCUAUGUGUGGUUUUGGUUGCCUUUAAAUGACAGUGUGAUGAAUAAAACUGCUGAAACCUCG